ACGUCCCACCUUAGAUAAAUUCUCAAUUAAACCCUAUGUAUUCAACAGAUUGGUAAACAACAUUUGUCUGCUCUCUUGCUCCUCCGCCGAUCGCAGUCGCCGCCGCUACUACCCUUACCGAUCGCCGCCGUGUAUUCUCUGCUCGCCGAUUUGCCACAGAACAUCUCUUGCUUUGUCGUUUCGCCGCGCAAAUCACCAGCACACCUCACGACCUCACAACCUCAGCACCGUCGUUUCCUGUACGCCGCAAAUCACCACAGCCACCGCCGCUAACAGAAGGAAUGGCCGAAGCAGCUAAAAGCAAACCAGUGAUUGGUCUUUCAUGGGAACCGAAGCUGCCUCCACUUCCAUCUGGAACCAAAAAGGGGUCUGAUAAGCCUCCUCGAACUUUGCCUGAAAGUAGUAGUAGUAGUGCUGUGAUGUAUAAAUCUAACACAAAGCUCAUAGAUGGCCUGUUUGUUCCACUGAACAACCCUAAAAAAUUGAACAAAUUACUGAGGAAGCAAUUCAAAGAUACUGCUGGGAAGAAUUGGUUUGACAUGGCGGCCCAAACCCUCACCCCUGAGUUGAAGAAAGAUCUCCAGCUACUCAAGCCUCUCUUCCCGGCAGAAGCUGUUCUUCUUACACUUUAAAGAAAGCACAAAAGAAUUCCUUCAGAUUCCUUUUAAUCAGGCAACACGCAAGGCGUCAGAGUUUGUUUGCAGGUAUCAUUGCCCCUUCCAGCCUAAGGGCAAUGAAUGGCUUGAAUCCUUGGCAGUGAUUGUGUCCUUUCACCCCAGUGGCUUGAAUGUGAAUGUGUCCUUCACUCCAAUGGCUUGAAUCAUUGGCAGUGAUUGUGUCCUUCACCCUAAUGGGUUGAAUAAUUGGCAGGGAUUGUGUCUUUUCACCCCAAUGGCUUGAAUCCUUGGCAGUGAAUGUGUCCUUCACCCCAACGGCUUGAAUCCUUGGCAGUGAAUGCGUCCGUCACCCCAACAGCUUGAUUCCUUGGCAGUGAAUGCGUCCUUCACCCCAACGGCUUGAUUCCUUGGCAGUGAAUGCGUUCGUCACCCCAAUGGCUUGAUUCCUUGGCAAGGGGCUUUCGUCAAUUUCUUUAUAUUAUGACAUUUUGCCUUCACUAACCUCCCCUUUUUUUUUCUUUUUCUUUUUUUUGUUUUUUAGGCAUCAUGGAAAAGACACGUGAAUAUCUUCGACGUGACGAGAGUGAUGUAUUAGAUAAAUCUGGUCCGAAAAUAAUUCGGCACGAACCUAUCACUGCUUUAUUGUUACCCACCGAGUUGGACCCCUACAUCCCUUUACAUACGGCUUCCGAAGACUUGGUCUAUACAGGAAUUCGAAACUGUUGUGAGAUUCUCGAGAAAGGGCACUCCAAAUCAAUCGGUUCAUUCCCUAUCUCAAUCCUCUUUCCAUUUUCUGAAGACCUUGACUGUUCCGAAUUUAAUAUUCUUCUUAAGAGAAUGAAACAUGAAAAAUUAAAGUGGGAUAAUUCUUUUAAUGUCCGCGGCAUCUCCACCUAUUUGCAAUCCCCAAUAUGGAUUUUUUGGUUGAAUGAUGUUCUCUCCACAUUUGCCCCUAUUUUGAAGAAGUGUGGGAUUUAUGCCGCAAUUUAUGUAUCCCAAUUUGCUUAUGCUAGGAAUGUCGCCUUGCUCAAAGGAUUCUUAGAGCAGUGGUCACCCGACACCAACACAGUCCACACCAUUCGUGGCGAGUUUUAUGAAGAGUUCACCUCCUCAAAUGACGUUUUAUAUUCGUCCCAGACAUCUAAGGCGUACCGUGGGCUUUUCAAUAUUUAUGCCAGCUCUUUUCAAUCCAAGAAGUUUAACCACUGGACUUUCAAAUUUAUUGACGAAUCCCCAACUUCGAUUAGUGGUUUUCAACGAAAAGACAGAAUCCCUGAUGAUGUGUAUCUUUCUGGUUUUUUGGCGAGUUGGCAUAGCAGAUUUGUUUUCUCUCACUCUUCCGGGGAAAUUCGUCCAACUACCUUUCAUGCAGCCACCAAAAUGACCGGUGGAACCUUAUUUAGCCUAGCCAUCCCCGUCCUUGCAUACCUCUAUCAUUCUUUUAGUAAAAUGGCAUCAUCACCUUCACCUGGGAAGGAAAAUAUUCAGGGUCCUUUGCAUUAGCUUUUUGGAUGGAUUUCAUUAUAUUUGGUUAAGACUUACUCUCAUAGGGAUCCUCAGUCGAUUUAUCCGAUUCCGGAUAUUCAUUUCAUGCCAUAUCUUGGGUUUAUUGGAAACCAAUCGGCUGCCCAAUUUUUUAUUGAUAAAUUUCCAUUUGUGGACUCUCUCCUAACCUGUCGCACGGAGUGUCAAUUUAGGGCUCUUACCCAUGAAGGUGAACCUUCAGGCAUUCUGGUCAACUCUGAAAGGAUAUCACCUUUCCACCUUGGCUAUCUUAUAUCUUUGAGGCAAGGGAUUUUAACUUUUAAAAUGGGAUUUAAUUUCAUUUCUGAACCGUUCUCCCCUAACCGAUACGGUCGUCAAUUUGGGUUUGCCCAAGCGUACCCUACACCGCUUAAUGUAUCUUGUCAGCAGCCCUCUAAGUGGUCUAAAUUUUAUUACAAUUGGUGCCAUAUGUUACGCUACAGUACAAAUGUCUCAUUGGACUUACCAGGCUCCCGAUCUACUUCUCAUGUAACCAUGCUUUAUGCCAAUUGGUGGUUGGGAACUUCCUUUACCAUGCUCCAAUAUGUUACUCAUACCCAGCCGAAAUCUUCACGCAAGAGAAAACUUGAUAUGUCAAUUAAAGACCAAAAGACGAAGAAGCCUUCUUACUCUACAGCUAGGUCAUCAUCUUCACCUAUUGCUCUGGAAGCAUCGUCACCUCAGAGAAUGGAUAAUAGUCAGCCACCUAUUGCUCCUUCCCGAUCUAGUUACUCGGUUUCAGAUCUCCUACAUCUUUUUGAGAAUAUGUGUAAUUCUCAAUUUAAAAUGAGAUUUAGCUUUGAGCAAGUAGAUUCUGGCCCUCAAUUUUCUAGUCUAGCGAAGCUUUUUCUAGAGACUGUGUCUAUCAGUGAUUGUACAAGAACUUCCCAACCAACAGUAUCGACCAAAACUCCAAUGGACCAAUUUUGCACACACCUGUACUCUUUUCUUGAAGAUAAAGAUGAGAAUAUGAUUCAAGAACUCUUUGAGGGAGAUGGGUACGAAUUAACUGCCUUGGGUCGUAUUCGCAUUGAGAGUGUUGAAAUUCCUUCUCCCACCAAUCUUUUGAUCGUUCUCUCAAUGCGAGUAGCGAGAGUGAAAAUGAGUUUUAUUACUAUACCCCUCUUUUAGAUGGCACACCAACUAAGAUGAAUAAAUUGACCCUAGCAAAUGUAGGUUUUUCUUCUCUUUCUUCAAACAAGCCAUCCAAGUUGUUAGAGAAAGACACUACGCCUUGGACUUCCCUAGCUGCCUCGCAUAUGCCAUUGGCUACCUUUAAGGAUCAUGUUACAUUGCAGAAUCCGUGGUCCACUUGUGAGAAUCACAACUUGUCUCCUCCCACACCUAAGUCUCUUCAAGCCGUACAGCAAGAAAUUACUUAGGAAACAUUGGAAGAGACAGACGAAAUUACUUCUAAUACCUCGGAAAAUGCCCAAAUUCUUGCAGACUUACUUGAAGCAAAUAGGGUUAACAAAUUAUUUGACCAAUUUGAAGCACCCCUUGCUCUAUCUAGCCUUAUUUUGGAAACCUCCUCUAACGAAGCAACCACCCAUAUUCAGAAUGGUCUUACUAUUUCUCUCCAAUCAACGACGGAUGUUAAUGGCAUGAUUGCUGUAGCAAACAACGUUUUCAUGGUUUUGAAGAGUUUGGGUGUAGACUUCACCUCUUUUUACGAGAAGGUGAAGAUAUUCCUUGGGUGCUUUGCUUUAAAAACCCAACUUGCAGAUUCUUCAAACUUGUCUACCUCAGAAUUUGAGGCCCAAUACUAUGAGAAGAAGCUUCAUUUCAACAAAGUUUCUGGCGAACAUGAACAGUCGUCUGCUUCAAUUAUCAAGUCGGAUGAGCACAUUGUGAGUCUUAAUCAAAGGAUUAUUCAAACCAAAGAGUUACUCAAACAACUUGAAGAGGAAUUGUCAUCCACCCAAGCGGAACAUGCAUCCUUUAUGUGUGACUUUGCACAAGCUUCCGAGAGUGUUUCUAAAUCAGAAGAAGGCAUGCAAACUGCUCUGAAUGUUUUGAGCCAGCACAAGAAGAAGAAUGGAUAACACAGUGUUGUGGAACGUGUUUUUGAAAGGUUGAGGAGCGUCAUUGAUCCAAAGACACUACAAGAAGGGUGACUCAAAAUCGAGAACAGUUCCCAUGUAUUUCCAGGUGGGCACAGUGAUAGAGUCGGCAUCAGACUUCUUCACAGGUCGGCUUACUAAGAAGGAGAGGAAAGCAACCCUUGCUGAUGAGCUACUCUCUGAUCAUACCCUUGGGGAGUACAGGAAGCGCAAGGUUCGAGAGAGUGAAGAACAGAACCGUCCUGGAGGGGUGGAGAAAUGGAAGAUAAAAGGUGGACAGUCUUGGAAACGUGCUAAGCAAAGAAGACGCUGAUGGCUUUCGAUGUUGUUGACCCUGCAAAGGAUAUUUUUCUCCAGCCAAGUUCAGUUUUUGUGUUGGCACACAUGACGCAUACCAGUGGUAGAUGUUAACAUUUGGUAUUGUGCCAUAAUGAAAUGAGAGCAGUCAAUCAGAUCAACAUCAGGCGCUUUUAAUCAUUAUAGAUUAUAUUUAUACACAUCACAUGAAUUUAGUGAUUGCUUGCUUGCAUGUGUAUUGACUGUUAAUGAUUUAGACACUACUCUAGAAGAUGGCUGUUAUUAAUUUUGUAUGAAGUUUUGGAUUUGUGUGGCAAAUUGCCAUUAUUGAGAUGGAACGGAGGCUUUUCCCAAUAUAAGCCUUUUUUACAUUGUAUUUCCAA